UCUCUGCUCAAGUGACACCCCAGUGAUCACACAACCAGCUGUUUGAAAUGUGUAAAUAAAACAGAAUAACCAUUUCACUAGGUUUUAGUGGACAAAGAAAACGAUGAAAGAUGUGCCAGACCCGUUUUAUCGAGUGGCUGUCCAAAUGGAGGUUGUGGAUACUGCCGUUUUUCAUAUUUCUAUAUGGAAUCGCUGCUUUGGUUUUUGUGCCUCUUUUUCUGGCUAAGUCUUUGGAAGACGGUUUUAAUCGACACGAUGAAGAAAUAUGGAUAGCGGGCGCGUUCGUUCUAGUAGCCAUCCCUAUUUCUCUGUACGAAAUUAUCCAACACGUUAUACAUUACACGCAGCCAAAAUUACAAAAACAUAUAAUUCGGGUCCUGUGGAUGGUUCCGAUUUACGCAUUGAACGCGUGGUUAGGUCUAAUCUAUCCCAAAGAGUCGGUAUAUGUGGAUAGUUUGCGAGAAUGCUAUGAAGCUUACGUAAUAUACAAUUUCAUGAAGUAUUUAUUGAAUUACUUAAAUAUGGAGUCAGAUUUGGGCAGGAACCUGGCAAUGAAACCUCAAGUUAAACACUUCUUCCCGCUAUGCUGCCUUCCGGAUUGGGAAAUGGGUUGGGAGUUGGUCCACAUAUGCAAACACGGGAUACUUCAGUACACAAUUAUACGUCCGCUGACGACUGCCAUUUCAUUCCUCUGUAAAAUCUUGGGCCUAUACGGCGAGGGGGAAUUUCGCGGAAAUGUCGCGUUCCCAUACUUAAUUGCUAUCAAUAACCUUUCGCAGUUUAUUGCCAUGUAUUGCUUGGUAAUGUUCUACAAGGCAAAUCAGGAGGAACUGAAGCCAAUGAAACCAUUAGCAAAAUUUUUGUGCAUCAAAGCCGUAGUGUUUUUCUCGUUCUUCCAAGGAGUGGCUAUCGCCAUCUUGGUCUAUGUUGGGGUGAUUACCUCCUCUGACUCUUCCAGUGACGGCCUGUCACUGUCCGCUAGGCUGCAGGAUUUUCUCAUAUGCAUUGAAAUGUGUUUGGCUGCAAUAGCGCAUCACUACAGUUUCUCUUAUAAACCAUAUACCAGACUUGGGAGCGAUUACACCAGGGAAUGGUACAUGGCUUUUCUGGCCAUGUGGGAUAUUUCGGACGUUCACAGGGAUAUCCAAGAGCACUUAGGCAUAUUGAGCGGCUCCAUAAGCAGGCGCAUACGAGGCCGCAGCAUGUAUGACAUACCAGCCGGCCAUUAUAAUUUGUCGGACGAUUCGGAGCCGCCCCGAGUGCAUCAGAGCCUUCCGACGACAUUCUACCAAAACGACAGCGACGAAUACUUUAUUAACUACGGCUCGAUGAACUCAAGCCGGCAACUGGCGAACGAGCAUAGUGAUAUUUAAUUGAUAUGUGAUAUAGCUAGGAAGAAACAUGAAACUUAAAAAAUUAAAUUCGUAGGGGGUGUUUUCUCAUAGUUCGGCGGCUUUAGUUUUUUUUUUGUCGUUAGAUGUAUUAACGUGAAUAUUUAUAGCGUUGUCCCGUUGUUUUAUGAGGUCAAGAAUUCGUGAACAAUUUUCUAACCGAACCAAAUUUUGUGAGGAAACAAAACGGUAUAUAGGGGAUAAUCUUUUUUGUAGCUUUUUCCAAUGUUACCAAAUUAGCCCCUGGAACACCCCAGCGGGUUUGUGAUAGAUAAAUCAUAUGAAAACUCUGCAUUACUCUAGUUAAGUUGCGUCCCAAGGAUCAUCAUUAAUUUUUAUUUUAAAUUUAUUUUCGUUUUUGUUAAAUUUAUAUAGAAUAUAUAUAUUUUUACU